UUGGCGGUUAGCUUCUAGAGGAACGCAGAAACUCUGUCGUAUGUACCACCACCAUGGCGGGAGUUCAGAUCGAGGUGGCCGACAUUAUCAUCAUAGUACUGUACUUCAUACUGGUUCUUGCAGUCGGACUAUGGUCGAUGUGGCGGUCCAACCGAGGCAGUGUCAAAGGGUACUUCCUGGCGGGAAAGAACAUGUGGUGGUUUCCGGUUGGAGCGUCUCUGUUUGCCAGUAACAUCGGCAGUGAACACUUUGUGGGACUGGCCGGGACCGGAGCGGCGGCUGGGAUCGCUGUGGGACAGUACGAGUGGAACUCCCUGUUUAUCGUCCUCCUGCUGGGCUGGGCGUUCGUGCCCAUCUACAUCUCGGCGGGAGUGUACACCAUGCCCGAGUACCUCACGCGCCGGUUCGGUGGACAGCGGCUCCGGACUUACCUCGCCACCCUGUCUCUGUUCCUCUAUAUCUUCACUAAGAUAUCGGUGAACAUGUACGCAGGCGCAGUGUUCGUCCAACAGGCUCUGGACUGGGACCAGUAUCUGUCAAUCAUUGUUCUACUGGCGGUCACGGCUGUGUAUACUAUACUGGGUGGUCUGAAAGCAGUUAUCUACACCGACACGUUUCAAGUCGUGGUUAUGGUCAUCGGAGGGUUCAUUCUCAUGAUUAUAAGUUUUGUGGAAGUCGGUGGAAUGACGGGUCUUGCGGAGAAGUACUUCGCAGCCAUCCCCGUGACGAACAACACGGCCCUGGCGGCGUGCGGCGCGCCUAAAGCCGACGCCUUCCACCUGUUCCGCCCGGCGGACGACAUGCACCUGCCGUGGCCUGGCGCCCUGCUCGGCAUCACCGCACUGGCCAUCUGGUACUGGUGCACGGACCAGGUAAUUGUCCAACGUUCCCUGUCAGCUAAGAACAUCCACCACGCCAAGGCCGGCAGUAUCGUCUGCGGUUACCUGAAGAUCCUCCCUGUCUUCAUGAUGGUGUUUCCCGGCAUGAUCAGCAGGGCCUUGUACCCAGAUGAGGUAGCCUGUGUGGACCCUGCCAAGUGUAUGGAGGUGUGCAGAAACCCUGUCGGCUGUUCCAACAUCGCUUAUCCAAAACUCGUCAUCGAACUCAUGCCCACAGGUCUCCGUGGACUGAUGCUGGCUGUUAUGAUGGCGGCUCUGAUGAGUUCAUUGACCUCCAUCUUUAACAGCGGCAGUGCCGUCUUCACCAUAGACAUCUGGAAACGAGUCAGGAAACAGGCGUCCGAGAGGGAGCUCAUGUUGGUCGGCAGACUGCUGGUGCUAGUGAUGGUGGGAGUGAGUAUCGUGUGGAUCCCGAUCCUACAGGGUGCGAAAGGAGCCCAGCUGUACCAGUACCUACAGCUCAUCCAGGCCGUCAUCGGCCCGCCUAUCUGCUGCUGCUUCGUACUGGCCGUGGCAUGGAAACGAAUCAACGAGCCCGGCACGUUCUGGGGCCUGAUGGCGGGCCUCGCUGUCGGACUCGUUCGUCUGAUCAUGGAGUUUGCCUACGGAGAACCCGGAUGUGGGGAACCUGACCUUCGACCCGCCAUCUUGUCCAAGGUUCACUUCCUGCACUGUGGGAUCAUCGUCUUCCUGGUGACCUUUAUAGUAACGGUUGUUGUCAGCCUGCUGACUGAACCAAUACCGGACGAAAAGCUGGUUGGUUUGACGUGGUCGACUAUGAGAAAAGAACAAGAGAAAGAAGCAGUAGAAGUCCCAACGGAACACUCUGAUGAUAUCGAGAACCCGGAUGAAAAGAACGAACUUCCGGAUAACCCAGAAGAGGUCGAAAAGAUGGAAGUCGAUGAGAAGGCUGGUGGGAAGCAGGAUGAAGACGAAGCGCCUCCCAAGUGGCUUCGUGUGUACGACUUCAUCUGUGGAACUACGUCAUCAGAGGCUGACCAAUCACAGCAGGCCUUGCCGUCCAUCAAGGAGGACCCAUUCUGGAGGAGGGUCCUAAACAUCAACGCCAUCGUGUGUGUGACUGUCGCUGUUUUCUUAUUCGGAUUCUUCUUCUAGUGUUUGAUAUUGACUCUUUUUUUUUUACUGUGGACCUGGUACUUAGAUUAUAAAAGCAUAUACGGAUAGAUAUAGACUAGACGUUUUGUAUCUUUUACGUUAUCUUAUCUGUGUUUCAGAUAGAUCUGACUAGAUAUUUUGUACGUUUUUAUGUCAUUGUAUCUGUGUUUCUCCUGCAAAUUAGCCUUCGGGCAUGAGUUUGCAAUUUAAUACGUUUAUUAUUCAAACACAUUAGAAAGAGGCAACGUAAUACUUAGAAGUGUAACAUAGUACAUAGGACCGUAUAGGUAACUACUUCGGUUUUUAUGUAUACUGUUGUGCAUGUAUAGACUUGAACGUUAAAUUAUUUCUUAGUCGAUAUAAUUUGGUAGUAUCGUAGCGUUAGCUACAUGUAAACGAUUGGAAAGAAAUCUACCUCUCACUAAAGCAUAGACUUACUUACGUUACUAAACAGACAUGUAAAGUUUUACAUUAGAGGUAACAAACAGUUGUAAAACUGUCUAGUAUCACGUCGACGUGUAUGGCAGAAAUUACAAGUUGUGAUAAUUACUUUUAUAGUUUGAAGAUUUUACACUAACAAGAGAAACAGAAGAUUUUAUGUAUCAUCAUCUUUUUUCAUUAAAGAAUUUAAAACUGU